AGGAUAAAGGCCUGGGUGCAGAGGCUCACCUAGCCUCCUCUCUGCACCUACUCCCCACGACCCUCUCUGUGCUCAUAACCUCCAUGGCCCCCAAAAAGCCAGAUCCCAAGAAGGAUGACGCCAAGGCAGCCUCCAAAGCGGCUCCAGCUCCGGCUCCAGCUCCAGCUCCAGCGCCCCCGCCUGUGCCCGAGCACCCCAAGGAGCCGGUGUUUGAUGCCUCCAAGAUCAAGAUUGAGUUCACACCAGAGCAGAUUCAAGAGUUCAAGGAAGCUUUCACACUGUACGAUCGCACGCCCAAGGGUGAGAUGAAGAUCACGUACGGGCAGUGUGGAGACGUCCUGCGGGCGCUGGGCCAGAAUCCCACGCAGGCCGAGGUGCUCCGCGUCCUGGGGAAACCAAAGCAGGAAGAACUCAACAGCAAGAUGAUGGACUUCGACACGUUCCUGCCCAUGCUGCAGCACAUUUCCAAGAACAAGGACACGGGGACCUAUGAGGACUUCGUGGAGGGGCUGCGAGUCUUUGAUAAGGAGGGCAACGGCACUGUCAUGGGCGCUGAGCUCCGCCAUGUGCUGGCCACGCUGGGUGAGAGGCUGACAGAAGAUGAGGUGGAGAAGUUGAUGGCCGGGCAGGAGGACUCUAACGGCUGCAUCAACUAUGAAGCCUUCGUGAAGCACAUCAUGGCCAGCUGAGCACAUCAUGGCCAGG